AUGUCGGGAAGGCCUAGUGGCUCUAAGGCCCCUCUGAGGAAGUUGCGCCCGGCGCCGGCGCUCCAGCCUCGGCCUGCAAUGGUAGUGAAGAGCAACAAAAAAACUCGGGCAAAGACUGCUUGUAUGCCCUGUCAGCAGUCAAAAAGGAAAUGCGAUGAAGAGUCGCCAAAAUGUAGUUCGUGUAUCGAAUCGGACCUGGAGUGCAUAUACAGCAUCGAGGGGACUGCGCGGCACAAACGAAAUAUCAUUCGCGAUAAGAUCAAGGACUACGAAUCGGACAUCGCUAAAUAUGAAAGAAUCCUUGAUCAUAUUAAAGGGUCAAGCGUCUCCUCUUUGCAACGAGUUCUAGCGGUCAUCCGAGGCCAAGCCACUCUAGAAGAAAUUAUGAUGUUCAUCCGGAACGACCAAGCAGCAUAUCUUCCGACGGAAGUAAUAUCACCAGUACCUACGACAUCGUCACUAAGUCUCCUUGUGAACGAGGAAUGGUACCAGGGCCUCGAACCACUGGACAGGAUAAACCUCGACAUUCUAGACGACCGGCCAAUCCUUGAUGUGACCGCUCACCCCUGGACUACGGUUACCGACGACGACGAGCUUGUUUCUCAUUUGAUGUCAUUGUACAUGACAUGGGACCACCCAGUCUGGCACCUUUUCGAUUGGGACAUUUUUAUCGACGCAAUGAAAACCGGAGACACCACCUAUUGUUCGCCGCUCCUUGUCAACGCGACGCUUGCGGAAGCAUGUCAUUAUUCCAACAGAACACCUUUCCGUGCGGAUCCUCACAAUCCCAAUUUCAUUGGCCAUCGGUUCUUCCAAGAAGCCAUGCGCUUGUGGAACGAAGAAACAACCCAAAUACCCACUCUUUUAACUGUCCAGAGUGCUCUUAUGAUUGGCGUUACUCUUGCAGCCGAUGGAAUGGAUCGUCUUGGUGGAAUGUUCCUUAAUAAUGGUAUUAGGUUGUGUAGGGAGCUAUUCCUACAACCCAGCACCGAAGGCUCUAUGAAAGGUAAAGAUGUAGCCGCGCCGCAAACCGACGCUGAAAAGAAAUUUGAAUUUGCAAGGCAGGUUACAGUUUGGGCAGCGUUUAGUUUCCAAAGUAUGUAUGAUUGGGUGGCACGAUGCGCUCAUACGAUGCCGCCGCCAGACCUUCCGCUACCUUAUCUUGAAUCGCACUGCCCGGUAGGGUACCCCGUCCCUGACGGUGGUAUACCAAUCCACCCUGUUCAGCACAAGGAUGGUGGAGCGUUUAGAGAAGUUAAGGCAGCAGACGAGUGGCGACCUUACCCUUAUAUUAGAGAACCAGAGCUGAACGUCACAAGAGUCGCCUUUCAAUGCCAUGCAACAUUACAUGUUAUUGCUUAUGAAUUGGCUGAAAAGCAGCUUGAGAGUAUUAAUGGCGAGAAAUCUCUUUCAUUACUAGAGAAGAAGCGUUUCUAUAGGCUUCUCGAUGAAUGGAGGGAAAAACUACCUGAAGAGAUACAAGACUUGAGAAAUAUAUCUCCAGGACCCACCUUCAUGAAUGCCCUUUUUCACAUACUCGUCCUUGAUAUCCACCAAAACAAGAUCAAGGAUGAAGAACAAGAAGAUCCAACGGAACUCGAACUCUUCAAAGAUGAAUCAGAAGCUCGCUUCGAGCGGUCAAAGUCUGGUCUAUAUGUGUUGAUGGACAUCUACGACCGCAAGAACGGGAUGUUUACCAUGUCCCAGCCUUUGACCUUUCCCAUGUUGAUCGUCUCCCAAAAUGCCAUGGCCAGUCUCGCUAAAGUCAAAGGAUUGGAAACCCCGACUCCCGUUCCCGAAGGGGGGGAUAAAGAGGAUAUUAUUGUUCGGCCGAUCCUUGCACGUGGUCCUUAUGACGAAGAUCAUGCAGUUCAAACCUUUGAAAAUACUCUACAGUGGGCGUGCAAUGCUAGCACUAGCUUCGUUACGAUAAAAAUCUUUGUACGCUUGAUGCAGCUUGAGGCUAAGAGGAUCGGCAUACAGCUCUCCCCGGCCAACACCGAGAAUCUCAGACGGGUAUUCCAGUGGGAGAAUAAAGACAAAGGUAAGUGGAUCGAGGAGUUGGAGAAAACGCAGACAAGUUUGAUGUGGAGGAAGAAGAAGAAGGAGUCGAACAUCGUGGAUAUGGUGAAGUCGCUGGAGGAACUUACGGUAGCGGAGGGCUGA